UUUAUACAUAUUAUAAUCUGAAGAUUACCUCCUGUACCUUUUUCCUUUAGAUCGUAAAUAAUACUCUUUGCUAUAUUUUCAGAAUAUGGUCCAAAAACUUGGUGGAACUCUUAAUAGAUGAAUAUCGCAAACAUGCUAACCUUUACAAUAGUCGACAUCCGCUGUACUUGAAACGUACAGCCCGAAUGAAUUCUCUGCUGGAAAUAUGCCAAGCUAUUAAUGAAAUCAAUGAUAAUUUUACAAUGGAAGAUGUUAAAAAGAAAAUUCACACUUUGAGAUCACAAUUUCUCAAAGAACUGCGUGAAUUUUUGGACUCAAAACAGGACGAUGUUGCCAAUCAAAUAAUGAAGCCAAAACUUUGGUGCUUUGACAAAUUGAAAUUUCUUAAAGAUCACUGUUCUUUAAAGAGAUCUACCACAUUAGAGUUUGAAGAUUCGAAUGCUCUUGACACUGAUCCAGAGUUUGAGGAGCUCAGAGAAAAUGUUUUGCAUGAAUAUGAGAUCGAGGAAAUGUCCCGCGUGGCCUCUGAAACCUCGGAAGAAAUUAUCGAAGAAUAUUGUGCAUCGGAUGAUCUGGAGGAAUUUGAUGCACAGAAAUAUAUAUUAUGGACUAAAGAUAUGGUGGAGUACUUAAUCAACCGAUAUCGACAACAUGAGAAUCUAUAUAACACCAAAAAUCCAUACUAUAUGGAUCGACCAAAACGUUUCAAUUCCAUGCUGGCAAUAUGUAAAGAGUUAAAGAGAUAUAACCAAAAUCUCACAGUGGAUGAUGUUAAAAAGAAAAUCCAUACCCUAAGAUCUCAAUACGUCAAAGAACUACGUGAUAUCUAUUUAAGUCAAAGAGAUGUUGUUGAACCAAAACUAUGGUGUUUCGAACAAAUGGAAUUCUUAAAACCCUACUGUAGGAUGAAAAGAAAAUUUUCAAAUAAUACAAUAGAGAAAGCGGCAAAAUAUUCUCCACUGAACAGCAGUGAAUCUAAUGCAGAAGCAUAUAGUGAAUGUGAAACCCCCUAUGAAUUAGAUCAAUCUACAGCAAACAGAAUGUGGAACAGACACUUAGUUCAGUUACUAAUCUCCAAAUACCGUAGACACGAACAUUUAUAUAAUACAAAUAACCCACAAUAUUUGGAUAGAGAAGCUAGAUUAAAAUCGCUACAGGAUAUUGCCAAAAGCCUUCAGAGAAUUAAUGCAAACAUAACCAUAUAUCAUAUUAAAAAGAAAAUUCAUACUUUACGAACUCAAUAUCUGAAAGAAUUGCGUGAACUACAAGAAAAUGCAGUUGGAAAAGCCACAGCACCAAAACUUUGGUGUUACAGGCAAUUGGCUUUCCUGGAACCACAUUGUGUAAUAAAAAAUUCUACAGCUAAUAGCAAUGAGGUUGAAAUGGAGUUAGUGAGUAAUGAUCCAAUAGGAGCUGAUGAGGCUCAUGACAUCAAUACCUUCUAUUUGGAUUAUGAAGAAAUAAACGAGGAAUUUGAUUUACACGAAGACAACACUUUGGAUAAACAGGAUGUACUAUGGACCAGGGAAAUGUUGGAGUUGUUAAUACAAAAAUAUCAACAACACGAAAAUUUGUACAACAAAACACAUGCUCAUUACAAUAAUGCUACAAAGAAUUUGAAAUCUUUUCGCGACAUUUGCAAAUCGACAAAAAAAUUGAAUCCGGAUAUCACAGAAGAAGAUGUAAAGAAUGAAAUCAAUAAUUUGAAGAGGCAAUAUGUCGAAGAUUUAAAGAGACUGGAAGGGAGAAGAGAUUUGAAACCAAAAUUAUGGUGUUUUGAACAGUUUGCAUUUCUAAGGCCAUAUUGUGACGACCAGCGAAAAUAUAACUUGGAUGAUUUGGAGAUGCAGGAAACCGAUGGAAAUGAGAAUGCAGCCUAUAUUGAAUGUGAAAAACCAAUUAAAGACGGGAAGGAGCAUCAAACCUCUAAGGAAAUCCUACGCUAUUUACGUUGUGGUGAAAUUCUAAUAGCCUCAUCCUGUGACUACAAGGAUCCCUAUAUUUUGAAAUGUGAUCAUUGCGGUGAUGUUUAUUCUGCAGUAGAUUCAUUCCUCAAUCAUUGUAUAUAUCAUUUUCAAUUGGGAGAAAAAAAUGAAAUAGGACUGAAAGAGAAUUCCUGUCGCGAACAGAAAUCGGGAUGUAAUGAAGUGAAUGGUGCAACAAAUGAAUUAUAUAGUGUUGAAAUAGCUGUUGAUAAAUUUGAAAACCCGGAGAUGGAUGAGGAGGGUCAAGAUGAUGACGAGCAUGUAGAGGAAUCACAAUUUAACGAUUUGGAAGAUUUUGAACCCUUAGAAUACGAUCCUUAUGUCACGGAAGAAUUUUCUGUGGACGAAGAGUGUCAAGCCUACGAGGGAGAGGAUCCAUUAGACUUGUAUGGAGAAGAAAUUGAAAGCCAAUUUGAUGAAGAGGAGGAUUACACAAUGUUUUCGGAACAAUUGCAUUCCAAAGAUCCUGCCGAGCUAUCUUCAUAUGACGAUCAAGAGUAUUUAUACGACGAACAUAUAGAGAAUGUGCAGACCCAGAACUACACUCCUGUGUUCGUUCUAAAUUUCAUUAAAUCCGAGAAAAAUCUUCUAGCCUUUAUAAAGGCCUAUCACAAGCAACCAUAUUUAUGGAGGCGUCAUCAUACAGACCAAAUACAACGAAGAAAUUCUCCAAUCUAUUUACAGAAAAUUGCCACAGAACUUCGGGAGCAUCAUCAUCUUUCGCUCAAUGUCAAAGAAGUUACAAUGUUAAUACGCCAUGUAAGAGGACAGUAUAGAAUUCUUUUGAAUCCCCGAACCAUGGCAGGAGAGUACAAAGCAAAAUCCACAAAAACUCUCACAACUCGUUGUGCCCGAGCCUUGGAAUUUCUGCAACCGUUUAUGGAAAUAUCUUCAAUUAGCAGAUUAAAUGAAAAACACAGCAAUCUAUCGUCCCGCCAAAUAGUACAACUUUUACGAAUUUAUCAACAAUUUCCCAAUCUUUGGAAUACAAAUCGUAUUGAAUAUGUAUGUCGGAAUAAACGACAAGAAUCACUGGUGGCAAUGCAAAGGCAAAUUAAAUUGAAAAUGGAUUGGGCCACAACUCUAUCUGAUCUCAGACGUUAUCUGUACGGCCUACACAUACAAUGUUCUCGAGAGAAAAGUUGUUCCGGUAAAAUUUGUAAAUAUUAUGAGCAUAUGGCAUUUCUCGUAGAUCAUGUCGCCCCAUUUAAAUGUUCACUUUGCAAAAGGAAAUUCAAAAGUCCAUUUGUUUUGAAAAUCCAUCACAACGAACACGCUGGGGACCUCCACCUCCUGCCUCCACUGCAGUGUAAUAUUUGUCAAAAGAAUUUUAACGAUUUCAAACUCUACAAGUUACAUGCCCAACGACAUAUGGACGAUCUGCAGGAAGAAUGUACAGUGUGUGGCAAACGUUUUGGCAAACCCUUUGAAUUACGGAAACAUCAACAGACCCAUACAAAUGAGACACCAUUUUGUUGCGAGCUAUGUGGUGUCGCCUAUAGACACAAUUCGUCGCUUAUCGCCCACAUGAGAAAACAUCGCAGCGAGUUAUGCUAUAAAUGCAAUCGUUGUUCGAAGAGAUUUCAAUCGAAUGUCCAGUUACACGAACACAUGAAGACCCACCAGAGGAAUACAAUAACAUAUGACUGUGACAUGUGUGAAAAAUCGUUCAAGUCGAAGGAAACUUUGAAUGCCCACAGAGCUUCACAUUUAAGGAAAAAUGAAAAAUGUACCAUUUGUGGAGAAUUCUUCGGAGAAUCUAGUCUAAGAAAACACAUGCAAGGACAUCUGGAGAAUGGUGAGGUAGAUGAUAACAUGGAGGGUGAAGAUUUCAUAAUCACUAUUGAUAGCGAGAAGAUCCAUGGAUUUUAAAACUAGAUGUAGUCUUUGUAAGACUUAAGCCACAUAAUUUGUGUUACGAAUAAAGUUCUUCGACAAGAAUCAAUUAAUCCGAGAAGGGAGAAGACUUUGUCUCCAAAUUUG